CAUUUCAGUAGCAACGUUCCUCGGUUUUGUCACGAUACGCCUGCUUGCUCAGAAGCUUCGCUAAUAGCACGUUUAGCCCGUUGUAAUGUCACGCUAGGAACAGCUACAUUGCCCGCCGCGAAAGCUCCGCAGUCCGAACCAUCUCCUGCCAUUCCCUCUCCAUUUGCCUUCCCAUCCAUCCCCAGCGCUCUCGCCGCGUCUCCCUCUUCCCUCUCGUGCGUGCCGUCCGCUCUCAUUCUUCCUACCUUCUUCCUGCCCCACCGUCCCCACCUUACCCUCCCCUCUCCACCUUGCGGGGUCGGGACGGGACUCUUGACUCGGAGUUAUCAAUCGCAUUCCCGUUACCACCACUCCCCUCCGUAUCUCCUCUCUCGGCCGUGUGGGGCCCCGCGGCGGCGAAUGGCGCUUGCGGGUUUCGCGUUUGAAGUGUUUGGCAAGGUGCAAGGAGUGUCAUUCAGAUACUACACGAAGCACAAGGCAAACGCACUGGGGCUGGUGGGGUGGUGUCGAAACACUGACAUGGGGACAGUGGAGGGGGAGAUACAGGGGCAGAGAGAAAACGUGCAGCAGAUGAAAGGAUGGCUAUCCACCACUGGCUCCCCUUACUCCCGCAUUGAUCAAUGUGUGUUCAAGAACGAAAUGGACGAUCUAAAAGAACUGGCGUUCAAGUCAUUCCACGUGCGACACUAGGGCCGCAAAAGAGGGGGUGGAAAGCAGAGAGAGGAUGGCUAUCCGCCACUGGCUCCCCCCAGUCCCGCAUUGUUCGGUGCAUGCUCAAGAACAAAGCGGAUGAUCUCAAAGAGCUUACGAUACUUUCAAUUGAUUCCAUGUGCGACACUAUGUGUGUAAAUAUCUCGUGCUAUGAAUAUUCCAGAAUACCGUAC